UUUUUUUUUCUUCCCUUUCCUUUCUUACUUUCCUUUUCAAACUUUUUUUUUUCACAUAUAUUCAACAUGUCAAUCGGUGUUCCCAUCAAACUUCUUCAUGAAGCACAAGGUCAUAUCAUUACUUUGGAAUUAAAAACUGGACAAUUGUACCGUGGCAAAUUAUUAGAAGCCGAAGACAAUAUGAAUAUUCAACUUAAGGAAAUCACAGUGACCGCUCGGGAUGGUCGUGUAUCACAACUGGAUCAAGUAUAUAUUCGUGGAUCAAGUGUACGGUUCUUCAUUGUACCAGACAUGCUCAAGAAUGCUCCCAUGUUCAAACGUGCAGCUCCUGGUGCUAUGAAAGGAAGAGGGCUUGGUUUAGGACGAGGCACUACUCCUAUCAGAGGUCGAGGUGGACGAGGUGGAUUCCGUGGUGGUAGAGGUCGUGCACCUGGUCGUGGUGGAUUUUAGUUUAGAAAUCUCAUAUAUAUAUACUUCCUUUUUUUUCCUUACUUCUUUUUUUUUUUUUGUUGAUGGGUAUGUGGGUUUAUUUUGAUUUGAAAUACACAUAUAUUUAUAUACUUUUUCGCGUUUAGUCAUCAUUCUUACAAUAAAAAAAAUAUAUUUUUACAUUUUAUUUUUCCUUAUAGAUUUUUUUUUUUUUUUUUUUUU